AUGCUGCAGGACAUGGGCUUGGGCAUGGAUGGGAUCAGGGAUGCGGCUGCCACUGCCACUCCCACUGCCACUGCAUGGUUCUUGAUCGUAUCGACGGGGAUGACAGUGUCUCUCAUGUUGGACAACGGUCUAUCGAGAUUUCCUCCUUCAUCCAAGGUCGUCGGUCGUCAGAAAGCUCGCAUCUCAGAUUUGCCCGCCGACCAACGUGUAUGUGUAAAUAUGUGUAUGUGCGGAGUACAUGAUAGUGCAGACGUACCGCACUUGUACAUACAUACCAUAUUGAGGGCAUCGCUCGCUACUGCUACUGCUACUGCUCCUGCUCACGCAGCUCAUGCAGAUGAAUAG